UGAUCCUUCCGCUAUUAUUGCAUGGAAGAACUGGAAAGAGUCAGUAUAUCAUGUUAUUCUUUGGGUAACAGCCGACAAUAAACAGCUGUCAGCUCUGGCAUGGCCUACUUUGGCCGGUAUCGAGCCAUCUGAGAUUGGCUGCUUGCAUAUCGUUACGACAUAAUUAAUAUUAUGACGUGUUAUGAAAGCAAUCACUAACUCGCUGAAUGUUCUUGGGUUGCUGGCGAGAUCUCUUUGCAAUUCGUGCUGAUGGGAAACAAUUGCGACUACUGCACUGCACUCGAAUGGCAGUGACAACCAACGCUAUUCAGAAGACACGAUAUUUCAUAGGUGCAGGCAGUGACACGCCCUCUGCCUUCACUUUCAACAACAACAACACCACCACCACCAACGCCAGAAGUUUCCUUCUCGUUGAUACCUAAACCUCACCGUGCCGUCAACAACCUCAAAAAUUACAAGUUUGCAAAUCCUGUGUCUAGAACCCCCAUCACCCUCUUUUGGUCGUCUCCCGUCUUCACCAGAUCCUGCCCACAAUGGACGUCUUGCAAGAAGCCAGUCAAGCUGAUCUAGUCUACCUUUCCAAACAUGCCGAAGUAUUAGCAGCAGGUCUCAACAAACAACAGUCUGAAUGCGGCCACCAGAGCACUUCCGUCGAAAUCUCUCAAGUCGCCGCAGAGCUAAGACUUCUCUCGGAGGAGUUGAACAAUCUCUGGAAGGCAAUCGAUGUCAAACAAGAGCAGUACACGAAUGUGUUCAGGGAAGACCUCUGGGAAAUGCACAAUAAUCUCGAGGGCAUAUUCGAAGAUGUCGAGGAUUGUUGUAGAGAGAUGCAGAAAGCCGAUCAAAUCGAGGCCACUGCUCUCGGCUGGCUUCAUCGUCGGCCAUAUGUCAAGAAACUACGAAAACAUCUUGAGGCCAAUAAAACUACUCUAAUAGUCAUGAGGACGGUGCUGCACCAUGGCACAGAGUAUGGAUUGCAAAGCUCUCCAGAACGCCUUGCUGAAUCAUCUCCUCAUAUCCUUCAAGAAGACUUGGCAAUAUUGCAGUCGGUAUUCGCAAGUAAACAAGCCAUCGAGGAGCUGGAAAGUGCUACGAAAAUGUCGAAACAAAACACGCCGUUGCUUUCCUCCUUAAAGACUCCUACCUUUCAACCUGGAGCCCACGGUCGAAACCUUUCCUCUGCCACUGGUGUUGAUACUCCUGCGGUCGAAGACUUUCUGCCUCCUGGAACAACCGGAAAUAAGGAUGCAGACCCCCUGACAAAGAGGUUUUCAAAACGUGGUGUCCGUCUUGCUGUGCAUAGUUCAAUUAUGGACCUCAAUGCUCACGAGAUCCCCGACUCGCUCAAGAAGAGGUGGAUUCACAAAGCUAGAUUCCGACAAAAAGGCAGGUUGUUCGCCGCAGGUAGCCUAUCGAGUGCUCAACUCAGCAAGAUAUCGGAGGUUACCUCAGUUACGAGUGGUGAACAUCGUAGGGGUCCAUCGCAUUCCACCGAUGGUGCAAGAGAUGAGAACGACAACGACAAACGUUCGGAAUUGUCAAGCACCGAUGAACUCCCGACUGCCCAUGUGUCCAAGGCAAAAAAACGAGGCUUGACCUUGUUGGCUACUCCGGUUGGCCAAACCUUGGGCAAACUCAUUACGAAAUUGAGCUCCACGAGUCUUCGAGAAAAUCGUGACGCCAAUUCCGCCCCGAAAAAGACCAAGGACUCCGACAAGUCAGGUUGGACUUACAAAUUGACUAAACCAUUCGAGAAGUCCGAGUUGACUACCCCCGACUACAAUCAAGAUAUCGAAAACAUGGUCCUACGUUGAAGGCGGUGGUGGGAAUGAACUGAAUGGUCAGAAGAAGCAUUUUAUGUGGCACACGAUUGGAGUGAUAAUGAUGCCGGUUAAGCGAUUGGAGCACGAUGCCUUUUUGCUCCUUGGCCUGACUCAAUGCUGGCAUUGUGUCUGUGGUGUCUGAUCAUUGAGAGUUGAG